GUUCGCGGGACGACCCAACCUAGAAUCCAAUGCACCACUCUCUCCCUCUCUCUGAGUCUCUGUUGCCCAUUACUAACCCUGUCUUGUUGACUUACCGUCGCAGAGUUGAGUCAACUUAGUAGAUUUUGUUUUGCUUUAUCUUUUUUUUCUCUCUCCACCCGUGUGUGUGAGUGCUUCACUUUCACUUUUGUUUUUGUUUAUAAAUCGUUGCUUUGCUCGCUCUUGUCUUGUGUCUACUGUCUAUGGUGUCAACGCUUACAAAAAGAGCAACCACAGGAAGUUUCAUGCCUCCCUUCCUCUUCCUCUUAAACCUUUUACUUUCCUCUUUUUGCUGUUGCUUUCUCUUUUGUUUUGUUUUUGGGCUAUUUCAACUUGUCCCUCUUUAAAACCCCAGAGACCCACCCAGCUUCAGUUAACGCUCUUGCACUCUCAACGCUUCCCCUUCAGCUUCCUAACCCCAGUUAAUUUUUUUGAGAUAAUCUGCCAAUGGGGAAGGCUAUUGGCUGUAUUUCAAGGCCAUCUAGAAAGAGAAAGUUGCAUCAAGAAGGCAAUGAUAUGAUGGACUUCUUCUUGGAUGAGCUUACUGAAGACCUCCUAGAAAGGGUCCUUUCAUGGUUACCAACCUCAACGUUCUGUCGCCUCAGUUCAGUGUGCAAGAGAUGGCAGACAGUUGCAGCUUCUGAAACUUUUAAGCUAGCAUGCUCUAGGAUUCCUUCACGGGAUCCAUGGUUUUACAUGGUGGAUCCUAAUCGUAAGCAAUCAGUUGUCUUUGACUCUGCUGAAAGAAGUUGGAAAAAACUCAGUCAUCCGCCUCUCCUCUUGCAUAACUUUAACUAUGACUCCAUUCCAGUUGCAGCAUCUGCUGGGCUUGUCUGUUUCCGCAAUAGGUCUGGCGAUUACAUUGUAUGCAAUCCAGUGGCAGGCUCUUGUCGUGAACACCCUCCAGUGGAUCCAGACUCUCAAGAUCGAUCUCUUCAUGCUGUUGCAAUGAAUGUAUAUUCCAACUACCAUGGCUCAUACAAGCUUUUCUUAGUCUCUGGUGAUCUUCCAAAGCUUUCAUUGAAAGUUUAUAACUCAAGCGCUGAUUGCUGGGAAGAAGAGACUAUGUUGAGGAGAAAAGCUGAUGAUUGUUCGGAAUUUGACUCAAAUGAUGAUGAUGCCAUGUACUUCCUCAGUAAAGCUGGAAACGUAGUGGCGACUAACAUGCAGAGAAGCCCAUCCAAGCAGUAUUCUUCAGUUAUUACUCUUAAAGAUGGUGAGGAGAUUGUUUAUUUCCUCAGCACCUCCGGGACGGUUGUGGCAUGCAAUCUGACCCACAAGUAUUUUUCUGAAUAUCCCAGAUUGUUGCCCGUCUUUUAUGAGUACUCCAUUGAUGUGGUGGAGGGUAAAGGAGAGAUGUUGAUUGUUGUGUUAUCAGAACUUUUUGAAAGUGCUAGCCUUAGGGUAUGGAGAUGUGAUGAGAAAACCAAGACUUGGAAUCAGAUUGCAGCAAUGCCUCCUGCGAUGUCACACGAGUUUUAUGGCAAGAAGGUAGACAUAAACUGUGUUGGGGCUGGUGAUCAGAUAUUUAUCUGCUUAAGCUCUGCUGAGCUUUUUAGUUAUGUUCUUUGUGAUCUUGUGACUAAUGAUUGGGUUGAACUGCCCAAAUGUUCUAUGAAUGGUGAAGCCUUGGAGUUCAUGUCUGCCUUUUCAUUCCAGCCAAGGAUUGAGGCUUCUGUAUGAAAUCAUGGCGUGGAUUGAGCUACGUUUUUAAGGAUUUGAUGAUGUCGUCUGUGAUCCAUCCUUUUUUUUUUUUCUUUUUUAAAUAUUUUUUCUCAGUCUUCUU